AUGCGAGAGCUACGAGAGCUGAUAAGGUUGAAAACCAUAAGACUAUCCGUUAGUGAUAAGGGUGGAGAGUUGGUCGUAAUUCCUCUUCAGUUAGAUGUGGAAAUAACGAAAAAGCAUCUUGAGGAUGCUUCGCUUUAUCGCCCAUCAUCUGAGGAGGAAUUCAAAAGUAAAUACCGAAAAUUGAACCACGAAUGGGCCAAAAUGGCAAGGGCUGCUGGUUUAAAACCAUCAGUUAUCACUCAACUUAAAGUUGACUUACCAACAUGCCCCGUCUUGUACUUACUUAUAAAACUCAUAAGUUAG